AUGAAGAUCACCGUGCACUCGUCGAAGGCUGUCAGGCCCGCCUACGGUGCCAACGGCGUCCCAUUCCCGGCGGCGGACGCCGUCCCGCUCACGGUGUUCGACAAGGCCAGCUUCGACGAGUACAUCUCCGGCAUAAGCUUCUUCCGCCCGCCGGCCCCGCCCAACAACGCGGUCCUCGAGGCGGGGCUGGCCAGGGCGCUCGCCGAGUACCGCGAGUGGGCCGGCCGCCUCGGCACCAACGCUCGGGGCAGCCGCGCGAUCAUCCUCUGCGACGCGGGCGCGCGGUUCAUUGAGGCGACGGCCGACGUCGCGCUCGACAGCGUCAUGCCCGCGCUUCUGCAGCCUUCAUCCGCGGUGUCGGGCCUGCACCCGGCCGCCGACGAGGAGGAGCUGCUGAUGGUCCAGGUCACGCGGUUCGCGUGCGGAUCGCUCGCCGUCGGCCACACCAUGAGCCACGCCGUGGCCGACGGGCAGGCUGCCUGCAACUUCCUGCUCGCGUGGGGCCAGGCCACCCGCGGGGUCCCCAUCGACCCGGCUCCGGUGCACGACCGGGCGUCUCUCUUCCUCCCCCGGGUCCCGCCGCGGGUCGAGUUCGAUCACCGCGGCGUCGAGUUCAAGCCGCCUCACGGUGCGAAGGCGGCGCGCAGCAGAAGCAACGACGCCGACGACGUGGUGGUCGUGCACCGGGCGCACUUCACCCGUGAGCUGCUCUCCGAGCUCAGGUCGCGAGCGUCGUCGGCGCGGGCUGCGCGGCCGUACAGCACGACGGUGUGCCUGGUGGCGCACCUGUGGCGGUGCGUCACGAGGGCGCGCGGGCUCGACGGCGGCGCGGUCACCAGGCUGCGCGUCGCCGUGAACGGACGAGCUCGAAUGAACGGGGCCCCGCGGAUACCCGAGGGAUACACGGGCAACGUCGUGCUCUGGGCGUGGCCGGCCGCCACCGCGCGGGAGCUGGUGAACCGGCCGCUGCGGCACGCCGCGGAGCUCGUGUCCCGGGCGGUGGCCCGCGUCGACGGCGGCUACUUCCGGUCCUUCGUCGACUUCGCGGGCUCCGGGGCGGUGGAGGAGGAGGGGCUGGUGCCGGCGGCGGACGCGGCGGAGAAGGUGCUCAGCCCGGACGUCGAGGUGGACAGCCUGCUGCACGCCGCGUUCUGCGACCUGGACUUGGGCGGCGGCCGGCCGUUCCUCUUCAUGCCCGGGUACCUGCCGAACGAGGGCUCCGUCUUCAUCGUGCGGGAUUUCUCCGGCGACGGGGGCGUGAGCGCCUACGUGCCUCUCUUCAGCCGCGCCAUGGAAAGAUUCGGGAGAUGCUGCUACUCCGUGGCAACGGCGGACGCUCGUCUUUAGAUCACUGUCUGCUUUUGCUGGUGCUUGCUGUGAUUUGAUCUCCGUCAUCUGAAACUAAUUCAAAACCUAUGCGAAUCGAAUGUCUUUAGCAAGGUUUUUGGGUGGCAGG